AUUCUUAAGGUACCAGAGCCAAAGUUACAAAGAAUUAUUCCCACACCACGUGGCUGAACGGGUCAUUGAACCUCCCUAAGUGUGAGGCCGCUGGCGGCUCACGCGGUAUAGAAAUUGUUCUUAAGAUUUUAUAUCGAGGUCGGAGUCGGUACAUUUUUACCGACUUCGACUCCACAGCCCUGUGGAGAAGUCCUGGAUAAGUCCUAGGGUAGUGCCGGAGAAGUCCUGGAGAGAUUAUGCGGAAGUUCUUUGAUCAUGGAGAAGUCCUGGAAGGUUAUGUGGACGUCCUUAAUCGGUGGUGGAUUUGAUCCUAUGCUGAAAGGAUUUCUACUAGGAGAAGUUGUAAGUCAUGUUACCGACACUAUAAGCGAUUCCCAGAUACGUGGGGAGAAAACUGAGACACAGAUAAGUGUGAAUUCUUUGAUGCCAAUACCAAAUUCCGUGGAAUUAUGUAAUGGUAUCGGGAUUGUUAGUCGUGACAAGCUCAAGGAGUUUCUGAAGGAAAAAGAAAAAGAAGUGGUUGGAUGGUACAGGUUCCGCCGUAACUCCGUACUUACCCCACACCUUCGAGAUAAGCUUCUGCACAAACAACUGUGUUCAUCAUUGUCUCAUCUCUCAUCAGAACACUUUACUUUGUGUCUCCUUAACACGUCAGUGUCUGCCCAAGGUUCAACCCACAUCUUCAACCAUAAAUUCAUACGCUACCGUCACAGGAUGUUUGAAUCGCUCCCUGUACAGAUUCAUAAUCUGGGUGAAGCUCCACAGACAGAGUACAAGUUAGUUCCUAGUAAAGCGUGCUUGUCGGAUUCUUUCAACAGCAUAAUUUCUUCUCUGACGGCUGCUCAUGAAAAGGGUUCAGAUGCGUCUUUAGUGUGUAACAUCCAGAGGGCUUUGCAGGAGCACAUGAAAAAUCUUAUAAGUGAUAUAGAGCACUCUGAGAGAAGAAUAUCUGAGCUGGAGAGAGAAAUUGUUACUCUUCGACUGCACCCAGGAUUAAUUUCAGAUGAAAUUGUACUGCCACAGAUGCUCCAAGAAGAGAUAUCCACUGCAGGUAACAGUAGCAGCGGUAUUAAUAAUAAAAAUCCAUCUGUAUCAGAUGUUUUUAGUGUAGUAGCUCCUAAACUUGGUAAAAAUCAAAGCAUCUGUAACGAUGCUGUCGAAUACAACCAGUCGAGGGUUGUGGCAAAGGAAGAGGCUUCCAGUGAUUAUAACAAUUCCUCCGAUGCGUUUGCGUUUGUCACGGAAAUGAAGAUUCAGAUGAGCCAGCCGCAGAAUGCAACAUCAUCGCCUUCCACUGAGAACUUUUGUGCCGGUAGCAAUAAACAACGUCCGGGUGGACACGGGAGGGGAGGAGGCAGGGGACUUGGCCGAGCAGUCCGUAAAUCCAAAGUCACAGAUGUCUCGGAUAAUUCCCCAAAUGUCCGGCGAGGUUUGCAAUCUGAAGCAUCGGAUUCUCCAUCUUCAACAGCUGUACGGGGUGCCUCACAAAAUAUGAACAAUGUAAACACAAAACCUCGUGGUUAUGCGCAGGCUGUGAAGAGGUCAUUAGUUGCUGGUGAUGGUAUGGUCACCAAAUCACCUGCUAUGUCACAAGCAACUUCAACAAAUGGCUCGCCUUCAAGUUCAAAUUCUCAGAAAUAUUGACUUUGUUUGGAGAUUAAAAUAUUGGUACAGAUCACAUGAAUGCAAAUGUGUUUAUAAGGGAACCAGCAAUAUAAAUGCUUAGUCAUAUUCCUUUUGUAUUUCAAUGUUGGCCAGCGUUAAUCAUAGCAGUCACAACACACUGUUAAGUUACAAGUAAUAUGGCUCCCAGAUUAAAACCAGGUGCAUAUUAAUAAUAAUUUUUCAUUAUUUUUGAGCAGUAUUUUCAUAUGUCCAAUGGAUAUUUUCAUUUAUGUCAUGUGAUUUGAUUAUGGUAAUAUAAUUUGUAGAAUCCAAAGACUGCUGAAGUCGUGUUAUAAGAAAACGAGUUAUUAGGGGGGAACAAAGAAGGGGUACUUGGAUGGCCGUCUUCUGGGCUGUAGCACUUUGUAGUUUGGUAGAUGUUUAGCACCGUUUCAGAGGUCCUUACUGCCUCCAUCAUCAGAUCGAUGAGUGCUACAUCCCAGAAGACGGCCAACUUCGUACUCACCGCCACGAGAACCUCAAAUCCCAUUAAUGGGGUAUUGUUCUGAUUACAAAUCUUUUACUUCCAGAGAUCAGAGUGUGAAUCCGUUUGUUUCGUUGACUCUUCGCUUCUGAAGGUAGUAAUCAAUAAGUAUUCUUAAUCGUUGCUUAGCGUUGUGUGUUGGCUUCUAUGAAAUCCUGUUGCAUUUCUCGCAUAACUGACAGUAUGCAUCAGGAUUAUUAAACUGAUAAUUAAAUGUCAGUAUGACAAACUCAUGUGGACUGUCAGAAUGUAUUUCUUGUAUUGAAAUAUAAGUAUAGUGAAAGGUGAUACAAAAUAAAAAUGUUUUCAGUUUAUUGAAAUAAAUAAAACAACUUCAGUGAUUCCACACGGGUUCACUCGAAACUGGAUUUAUUCUACACAA